AAAGUUUUCAAAGUCAGUUGCUAUGCUUCUCAUGAGCCAAAAUUUAGUUACACUCAAAAUUUCUCUGGAUGCGUAUUGGACUAACUAUGAAAUACUUUUCAUUGUGCGCGUACUUGUGCAUUCUACUUAAUCUGGCGCUUCCAGAUAUUGUUUACGGUUAUCAGCGUUCACCCUGUAUUAGGUGUUUCUGUAACAAUGGCAGAUCAAAAUGUGCACUGGGGACCGACAAGUGCGUGUGCAGACAUGGAUGGCUGUACUUGAACAACAAAGGACGUUGCAUCGUUGACGCUGAGGACUGCGGCCUGCAUACCAAUAGAACGAAUUCCAAGCCGGGCUGCUUGUCUUGCUGGUGUUCACGUGGCAGUGAUCACUGCGAAAUGAUAGGCACCGACUGCAUGUGCCAAGACGGAAACGUAUACGUCACCGCCACUGGUAUUGAUUGUGCUCGUGACUGGGACGAGUGCACGCCGCCUUAUUACAACAUAAGCACUUGCGCUCAAUGCGCCUGUCCGCCCGGCGAGAAGAAGUGCCAUCUUCUCGGCAACAGGUGCCAUUGUAUCGAUGGGAAAUACUACAUGCCUGGUUCCGACGAAUGUGUCCAAAAUAAAGAGGACUGUACGUUCGUCAACCCGGCCAGCACUUGCGCUCAGUGCACCUGUCCGCCCGGCGAGAAGAAGUGCCAUCUUCUCGGCAACAGGUGCCAUUGUAUCGAUGGGAAAUACUACAUGCCUGGUUCGGACGAAUGUGUCCAAAAUGAAGAGGACUGUAAGUUCGUCAGCCCGACGAGCACUUGCGCUCAAUGCACCUGCCCGCUCGGCAAGAAGAAGUGCAAUCUUCUCGGCAACAGGUGCGAUUGUGUCGAUGGGAAAUACUACAUGCCUGGUUCCGACGAAUGUGUCCAAAAUAAAGAGGACUGUAAGCUCGUCAGCCCGUCGAGCACUUGCGCUCAAUGCACCUGUCCGCCCGGCGAGAAGAAGUGCCAUCUUCUCGGCAACAGGUGCCAUUGUAUCGAUGGGAAAUACUACAUGCCUGGUUCGGACGAAUGUGUCCAAAAUGAAGAGGACUGUAAGUUCGUCAGCCCGACGAGGUAAGACUCC